UCUCUCUCUGUCUCAAGUGUCAGAUCGAUGACGGGUAGAGAGGGCACGAGAGAAGAUGGAGAGAGCGUGGAAGCAUAAUACGGAGAUAUCAGUGUCACCUAAUUGCCCAAGAAGGUACUGGACCAAAGGAGGAUCCCUCCGCAACGUCCCCGUUGGUGGUGGCUGCCGGAAAACCAGGCGCCAUGCUUGCAAGACUUUACUCAGACACUCCGCCUUGCCUUCGCCACAUGCUGCUAAUCGCCAUCCCUCUGCUGUUUCGCCUUCUAGCUCCUCAUCACUGCCAUCUGAUCAUGCUCCCCAUAUUGAUCUGGCACUGAUUUAUGCGAAUUUUCUCAAUCAAAACCCAGAUUCAAGUCAUCAGGAGCCACAUCAUCAUCAACUCAUGAAAACACUGGGUUUUGAUCCUUGCGUAGAGUAUUCCAGUCUGUCCGACAUAGUUUGGGGUCUCUCGCAACCAUCCACGAUAGAAUCGCAUUUUGAUGUCGAGAGUCAUCUUCUCGGUGGGUUAUUUAACUCCAUGCAGGAUCAUAAGGAGGACAGAAUAAUUGGUACUAGUAGCGAUUUUGAACUACCGCCAUUACCUGGUGAAGACGUAGCCUCGCAGUAUGAUAUGAUGAUGUGGUCCGAUUCUAAUGACGAGACGAUGGUCGUAAACCAGGCGACACAUGGAAGUGAACCUCAUGUUUAUUGUAACUGGGGACCUUUUCGUUACCCGACGAAUGUUUCUUUUCCCAGCCCUUGAUUGCACUUGUGUCUCUUCAUUCUUGCCCUGCUUCAUGUUCACUAAGAAUGAAUCCAUAUUACUGAAUAACUAUAUUAUAUAUGUAAACAAUUUUAACUCUCGUUGUAUGGCUAUGAUCAUUAU